AUGCCUGCCCGCCCAGGGCCCUCCAGCCAGGAAGGCUACCCUUCGUCGCCCCCGUCAGCCGACACCCACUCCAACGACCCCUUCAACCAGGGAAGGCGCUACUACGACAACGAGUCCGACCAUGUAGAGUUCGGUCGUCGCGAGUAUAGGGAGACGUACGCCUCAGACAGCAGCAAUCCUGCAAUCAAUGAUUACGACAACAACGGCAACUAUGACUAUCCCAUGCAAGAUACCGACUCUGAUCCUGACGUCUAUGCACGGCCAGCACCGUCAUCCGAAUCGCUAGGCCCUCCAGGAGUCCGUAGUGUCUAUCCCGAAUCAGCCACGCCGACCUAUAUGGAAUACGCAGGCCCGGCCGGCGCUCGAGAAGCAUACCCUGCGUGGAGCUCAGAUCGUCAAAUCCCUCUUUCAAAAGAAGAAAUCGAGGACAUUUUUCUUGACCUCACGCAAAAAUUUGGGUUUCAGCGAGAUUCCAUGCGAAAUAUGUUCGAUUUCCUAAUGCAGCUACUCGACAGCAGGGCAUCUCGGAUGUCGCCUAAUCAAGCACUACUGACGCUCCAUGCCGAUUACAUUGGCGGUCACCACGCCAAUUAUCGCAAGUGGUAUUUUGCCGCUCAGCUCGAUCUUGACGACGCCAUCGGCCAAACGCAGAAUCCGGGCUUAAACCGGCUCAAGUCAAAACGUGGUGCCAAGCGUCCACCCCACGAAAAGUCACUAGCAACUGCCCUUGAACGAUGGCGGCAAGCUAUGAACAACAUGAGCCAAUACGAUCGCCUUCGCCAAAUUGCUCUCUAUCUUUUGUGCUGGGGGGAGGCUGCACAAGUACGGUUCGUGCCCGAGUGCCUUUGUUUCAUCUUCAAAUGUGCGGAUGACUACUAUCGGUCUCCCGAGUGCCAAAAUCGUGUCGAGCCUGUUCCCGAGGGUCUUUAUCUCAGGGCGGUUACAAAACCACUCUAUCGUUUCAUUCGUGAUCAAGGCUACGAGGUCGUCGAUGGGAAGUUUGUGAGAAGGGAGAGGGAUCAUGAGAACAUCAUUGGCUACGAUGAUGUUAAUCAGCUGUUUUGGUAUCCGGAGGGUAUUGCGAGGAUUGUGUUGAACGACAAGACGCGCCUUGUUGAUCUUCCACCGGCACAACGCUUCAUGAAGUUCGAUCGCAUUGAUUGGAAUAAAGCCUUCUUCAAGACCUAUUACGAAAAGCGCACUUUCGGUCAUCUCCUGGUCAACUUCAAUCGCAUCUGGGUCAUCCAUAUUGCCAUGUACUACUUCUACACUGCCUUCAACUCACCCACCAUCUACGCCGUUGAUGGGCACUCGUCACCGGCCAUGACAUGGAGCGCUACUGCCCUGGGUGGUGCUGUUGCAACUCUGAUUAUGAUUCUCGCCACACUCUUUGAAUUUUCGUACAUCCCCACGACUUGGAACAACACCUCACAUCUCACCCGACGCCUUGUUUUCUUGCUGAUCACUCUUGGUCUUACCUGUGGCCCAACGUUCUACAUUGCCAUUGUGGAACAUAAUGGCACAGGUGGUUCGCUUUCCCUCAUCUUGGGCAUCGUUCAAUUUUUCAUUUCUGUCGUCGCAACUGUCCUCUUCGCCGUCAUGCCAUCAGGUCGCAUGUUUGGUGACCGGGUGGCAGGUAAAUCACGAAAGUACCUCGCCAGUCAGACCUUCACUGCAAGCUACCCUGCACUUGAGAAGAAAAAUCGCAUUGGCUCCAUCGUCCUAUGGAUUCUCGUCUUUGGAUGCAAGUUCACAGAGUCUUACUUCUACCUUACCCUAUCAUUCAGUGACCCUAUCCGUGUUAUGGUCGGGAUGAAGAUUCAAGGAUGUCAGGACAGAUUCUUUGGAAACGCCCUCUGCACCAACCAAGCUGCCUUCACGCUGACGAUAAUGUAUAUCAUGGAUUUGGUUCUCUUCUUCCUAGAUACCUUCCUUUGGUACAUCAUCUGGAAUACGGUUUUCAGUAUCGCCCGUUCUUUCACGUUGGGUCUAUCCAUUUGGACCCCAUGGAGGGACAUAUACACCCGGUUACCCAAAAGGAUCUAUGCAAAAUUGCUGGCCACAGGCGACAUGGAGGUGAAGUACAAGCCGAAGGUCCUCGUCUCGCAAAUUUGGAACGCUAUCAUCAUCUCCAUGUACCGUGAGCAUCUCCUGUCCAUCGACCACGUCCAGAAAUUGCUCUACCAUCAAGUUGAUACUGGUGCCGGUGGUCGACGAAGUCUUCGUGCCCCUCCGUUCUUCAUCUCGCAGGGUGAGAAGGGCUUCAAAGGGGAGUUUUUCCCGCCGGGCAGUGAGGCUGAGCGUCGGAUUUCGUUCUUUGCUCAAUCCUUGACAACAUCCAUCCCGGAACCCCUUCCUAUCGAUGCCAUGCCCACUUUCACCGUCUUGACACCCCAUUACAGUGAGAAGACCCUUCUCUCACUUCGUGAAAUCAUUCGUGAAGAAGAUCAGAAUACCCGUGUUACUCUGUUGGAAUACCUAAAGCAGCUUCAUCCGGUUGAAUGGGAGAAUUUCGUCAAGGAUACCAUGAUUCUUGCUGAGGAGUCCGCCAUGUUCAACGGCGUUAACCCAUUCGCAAACGAUGAGAAGGGCCAAUCAAAAGCAAACGAUCUUCCUUUCUAUUUCAUCGGCUUCAAAAGCGCUGCCCCCGAAUUUACCCUUCGUACUCGUAUCUGGGCUUCCCUUCGUGCCCAGACACUUUAUCGCACCGUCUCCGGUAUGAUGAACUACUCCAAGGCUAUCAAGCUGCUGUACCGUGUCGAGAAUCCAGAGGUGGUCCAGUUGUUCGGAGGCAACACCGACAAGCUUGAACGGGAACUGGAGCGCAUGGCCAGGAGAAAAUUCAAGUUUGUGGUCUCAAUGCAACGGUACUCGAAAUUCAACAAGGAGGAGCACGAGAAUGCCGAGUUCUUAUUGCGAGCAUACCCCGACCUACAGAUCGCUUUCCUUGAGGAAGAGCCUCCCCGCAAGGAGGGUGGCGACCCCAGGAUCUUUUCGUCGCUCAUUGACGGUCACAGCGAGUCUAUCCCCGAGACUGGUCGUCGCAGACCCAAGUUCCGCAUCGAGCUCCCUGGUAAUCCCAUUCUCGGAGAUGGAAAGUCGGACAAUCAGAAUCAUGCCAUCAUCUUCUACCGCGGGGAAUACCUUCAGCUUAUCGACGCUAAUCAGGACAACUACCUCGAAGAGUGUCUCAAGAUUAGGAACGUGUUGUCCGAGUUCGAGGAGUAUGCCGUCUCGAGCCAGAGCCCGUACGCUCAGUGGGACCACAAGGAUUUCAAAAAGCCACCUGUUGCCAUCGUUGGUGCCCGCGAGUACAUCUUCUCUGAGAAUAUUGGUAUCCUUGGUGAUUUAGCUGCUGGAAAAGAACAAACAUUCGGAACCCUCGCAGCUCGAUCGAUGGCGUGGAUUGGAGGAAAGCUUCAUUACGGACAUCCAGAUUUUCUCAAUGCUUUAUAUAUGACUACCCGUGGCGGCGUGUCGAAGGCGCAGAAGGGAUUGCACUUGAAUGAGGAUAUCUUCGCUGGUAUGAACGCCUUUGGUCGUGGAGGUCGCAUCAAGCACACAGAGUAUUAUCAGUGCGGCAAGGGCCGUGAUCUCGGGUUCGGAACCAUUCUCAACUUCCAAACGAAGAUUGGUACAGGUAUGGGUGAACAAAUGCUCAGCCGAGAAUAUUACUACCUUGGAACACAACUUCCCAUCGACCGGUUCCUCACCUUUUAUUACGGACAUCCGGGUUUCCAGAUCAACAAUAUGCUGGUCAUCUUAUCAGUUCAGAUAUUCGUGGUGACCAUGGUGUUCCUGGGGACUUUGAACUCGCGGCUCCAGAUUUGCAAGUAUACCUCGUCAGGUCAAUUCAUUGGUGGUCAAGCUGGAUGCUACAAUCUAGUUCCUGUCUUUGAGUGGAUCAGACGUUGCAUCAUCAGCAUUUUCUUGGUAUUCAUGAUCUCUUUCUUGCCAUUGUUCCUUCAAGAACUCGUUGAGCGUGGAACCUGGAAAGCCAUCUUCCGCCUCGCGAAGCAAUUCGGCUCAUUAUCCCCCGUCUUCGAGGUCUUCGCUACGCAGAUCUAUACCCACUCUAUUCUUAGCAAUUUGACCUUCGGUGGUGCUAGAUAUAUCGCAACCGGUCGUGGUUUCGCAACCACCAGGAUUCACUUCAGCACGCUCUUUUCGCGCUUCGCUGGGCCCAGCAUCUAUCUGGGGAUGAGGACACUGAUCAUGCUUCUUUAUGUGACCUUGUCGCUUUGGACUCCCUACCUCAUUUAUUUCUGGAUAUCCAUCCUCUCGUUGUGUAUUGCUCCGUUCGUGUUCAAUCCGCAUCAAUUUGUGUUCUCCGAUUUCAUCAUUGAUUAUCGGGAAUUCUUGAGAUGGAUGUCCCGAGGUAAUUCGCGGUCACACAACAACUCGUGGAUUGGUUACUGCCGCCUGUCUCGCACUAUGAUCACUGGUUACAAAAAGAAGAAACUCGGUCAUCCUUCAGAGAAACUCUCUGGAGAUGUUCCACGAGCGGGAUGGCGGGCAGUCAUCUUCUCCGAGGUCAUCUUCCCUAUCAUAAUGGCCGUUCUCUUCGUCGUAGCCUAUAUGUUCGUCAAGGCAUUCCCCGAUGCAGAUGGGAGGUAUCCCCCAAGUCCUCUGAUCCGUAUUGCUGUCAUUUCACUCGGUCCCAUUGUGUGGAAUGCAGCCAUACUUCUCACCCUCUUCCUGAUCUCUCUGUUCCUCGGUCCUAUGCUCGACCCUGUGUUCCCCAUCUUCGGCUCUGUUAUGGCAUUCAUUGCUCACGCCUUUGGAGUGGUGGGAAUGAUUGGUUUCUUCGAGUUCUUGUGGUUCCUUGAGGCGUGGGAUGCGUCUCACGCUGUCUUGGGUCUAAUAGCCGUCAUUGCAAUUCAGCGUGCUAUUCAUAAGAUCCUCAUCGCCGUCUUCCUUUCACGUGAGUUCAAGCACGACGAAACUAACCGAGCAUGGUGGACCGGACGCUGGUAUGGUCGUGGGCUUGGUGCACAUGUAAUGUCUCAACCGGCGCGAGAGUUCAUUGUCAAGAUCAUCGAGCUGUCGUUAUGGAGCUCUGAUCUACUUCUUGGGCACAUGCUGCUGUUCAUGCUGACCCCGCCCAUCCUGAUACCCUACUUUGAUCGCUUCCAUGCCAUGAUCCUUUUCUGGCUUCGUCCAUCGAAACAAAUACGUGCUCCAUUGUACUCCAUCAAGCAGAAGAGGCAACGCCGCUGGAUUAUCAUAAAAUACGGCAUAAUCUAUAUCGUAGUCAUUGCCCUCUUCGUCAUUCUCAUUGCUAUUCCCGCCGUAUUCCGAACUACUCUAAAAAUCAACUGCACUCUUUGUAACAAUCUCUAA